AACCCUAGGGCAAAGAACUCUCGGCGGCCCCGUUGAGAUCUUCUCCUUCUCUUGUGUCUGCGGCUUCUCGUGAAGAAAGUUCUCAUCUUUCUCUCAAUCCAGCAUGGCUUCUGAGGAUGUUGUCGUAGCUGAUACUCCGACUCUCGGAGAGCCUAUGGACCUGAUGACUGCUCUGCAACUUGUGCUGAAGAAGUCAUUGGCCCAUGAUGGUCUUGUCCGUGGGCUCCAUGAAGGUGCUAAGGCAAUCGAGAAGCAUGCUGCGCAGCUCUGCUUGUUGGCUGAGGACUGUAACCAGCCUGAUUAUGUAAAGCUUGUGAAGGCACUCUGCGCUGAUCACAACGUCCAUUUAGUCACAGUUCCAAGUGCCAAAACACUCGGCGAGUGGGCUGGUCUUUGCAAAAUUGACUCGGAAGGGAAGGCAAGAAAGGUGGUCGGCUGCUCUUGCGUAGUUGUGAAGGAUUAUGGCGAGGAGUCGGAGGGGCUUCACAUCGUCCAGGAGUAUGUGAAAUCACAUUGAGAUGCAUCAUUUUAGGAACCUGAGCUUAAUGCUGUGUUUGCUGAGCUUGUCUUUUAUAAGUCAUUUUUGAUGUGGUUGCUGCUCAUUUCACCAACUGUCUAGACUGUUUGGAUAUGAACUAUUACUAUUAUUGUAUUUGGUUUUGUUAUUGAAGUUGAUUAUGAAAAACUCUUAGCUGCUUCAAAUUGGAGAUGAUUUGUGUUUGUUUUGGCCA